AUAGCUCAAACACAGUGACAUUAUAAAUGGCGCCAUUCUUGCUUAUGCUAUUGUCAUUAAGUUUUCAUCACCAACUGCAAGUUCUUGCUCUGCCUAAUCGUUUUCAAGAUGAUUUUAGGUACAUGAAAUCAGUAUACAAUGCAACUGAAAUGCCACCAAAGGAAGAGUAUGACUAUAUAGUUAUCGGAGGAGGCACAGCAGGCUGCCCAAUAGCGGCGACUUUAUCAGAAAAGUACUCCGUCCUCGUCCUCGAAAGGGGUGAUGCCCCUAAUGCACAUCCAAGCGUCUUCACCGCAAGUGGAUUCUUCGCUAAUAUCAUGCAAGAGGACGACGGUGCCACACCGGCACAGAGGUUCACGUCGGAAGACGGAGUUGAAAACUUAAGAGGACGAGUUCUAGGUGGCUCAAGCAUGAUUAACGGCGGCUUCUAUUCGAGAGCCGACGACGAAUUCCUCGCCAACUCCGGCGUAGAAUGGGAUGUGGAUUUGAUGGAGAGAUCAUAUGAGUGGGUUGAAGAGAGCAUAGUUUACCGUCCAAGAUUGGAUGUUUGGCAAUCUUCUACGAGAGAAGCUCUUUUGGAAGCUGGUGUAGUCCCAGACAACGGCUUUACUUUGACUCACAAGGUUGGUACCAAAUCGUCUGGCUCAAUUUUUGACCAAUCUGGGAGAAGGCAUGGAGCUGUGGAGCUUCUCAACCGAGGAAACUUGGAAAACUUGCGAGUUGUUGUGCAGGCCACUGUUCAGAGAAUCAUCUUUUCUACCAAAGCCUCAACACCCUCUGCAAUUGGAGUCAUAUACACCGAUUCAAAAGGAAAGUCUCACAAGGCAUUGGUACGCCAUGAAGGGGAAAUUAUAUUGAGUGCAGGUGCUAUUGGAAGCCCUCAACUUUUGCUACUUAGCGGAAUCGGUCCACAUUCACACCCCAACGUUGGAAAAUUCAUGGCUGACAAUCCUGGCGCAACCAUCAACCUCAUAUUGCCAAAUCCAAUGGAGCUUUCCACAGUAAAAGUUGUGGGAAUUACUAGUGAUUAUAUCAUAGAGACCGCUGUCUCUUACAUUCAACCAAAUACGUCUACAAAUUUGAGUUUAGGUCUCAUUUUUGAAAAAAUCCCAGGGCCUUUGUCAAGAGGCUCCUUGUGGUUGGCUUCUUCGACUGAUGUAAGAGCCACACCACGCGUUCGAUUCAACUACUUUUCCGACCCGAUUGACCUCUCACGUUGCGUUAUGGCAAUAAAAAAAAUUGGUGAUAUGUUGAAAACUGAUGUAAUGGAUCGAUUUAAGCACAAGGGUAGUGAUGGUGAGAGAGAGUUCUUGUUCUAUGGACCAUCUUUGCCGAUGAAUAAUCAUUCAAAUGAUGAUUCGUUAAUUGAAUCCUUUUGUCGAACAAGAGUGAGUACAUUUUGGCAUUAUCAUGGCGGAUGUGUUGUGGGGAAGGUGGUUGACAGUGAUUUUAAAGUGAUGGGAAUUACUUCACUUCGAGUUGUGGAUGGUUCGACUUUCAAUAUCUCUCCUGGGACCAAUCCUCAGGCCACUCUUAUGAUGUUAGGCCGGUACGUCGGGCUUAAGAUGUUGGAAAAAAGAAGAGGACAAUCAAGCUAGAGAUAUGUAUAGUAAAUAUAUAUUCCCUAUAGGAAAAUUAAAAUAAAAUAAAAUAUUUAAAUGGGAACAUAAUACUAUAUAUGUAAUAUCCUAAUAAAAUUGGCAUCUUUUUGAGAAAAUAGAUUCAAGAAUUAUCGACCUGCUGAUUAAGCAACUUGAAACGCACGCAUCUUCAUUUUUCCUAAAU